UUACGUUGUGGCUAGAGAGAGAGGGCAUAAUGCAAACAAUACGAACGAUCGUGUCUACUCUAGGAGCGACAGGUAAAUGGACACGUCUUAACGUCAUGCGAUCUAUGUCGGCUAUGAGCAGCGUCAAGAAAACGACUCAGUUGAAACGUAUGCUCAACUCUCGUGAUCUUGAAUUUAUCAUGGAAGCUCACAAUGGUCUAAGCGCCAAAAUAGUUGAAGAAUCAGGUUUUAGUGGGAUCUGGGGAAGUGGCUUAUCCGUAUCAGCACAGUUGGGAGUUAGAGACAACAACGAGGCGUCGUGGACUCAGGUAUUAGACGUCCUUGAAUUUAUGAGCGACGCCACAACGAUUCCCAUUCUAUUGGAUGCUGACACGGGCUAUGGCAACUUCAACAAUGCACGUCGGUUGGUGAGAAAGCUUGAGUCGAGAGGAGUGGCCGGAGCAUGCCUCGAAGACAAACUGUUUCCCAAGACUAACUCGCUUCAUGACGGUCGUGCUCAACCACUAGCCGAUGUCGAAGAGUUCUCUCUGAAGAUCAGAGCAUGCAAGGACUAUCAGCUUGAUCCCGACUUUUGCAUUGUUGCCAGAGUCGAAGCUUUCAUUGCAGGAUGGGGACUGGAGGAAGCUCUGAUGCGAGCAACUGCUUACGCUGAUGCUGGUGCCGAUGCCAUUCUAAUGCACAGCAAGAAGUCUGAUCCGAGUGAUAUCAUAGCGUUUAUGGAUGCUUGGAAUAAUAGGGCACCGGUAGUAAUCGUGCCAACGAAAUACUAUACGACACCGACUGAUCUGUUUCGAGAGAAAGGCAUUUCUUUGGUUAUAUGGGCGAAUCACAAUCUUCGGGCAGCAUUACAGGCAAUACAGGAUACAACGAAACAAAUUUACCAGGAUCAGUCUCUUGUCAACGUAGAGAAGAAGAUUGCCACAGUCAAAGAAAUAUUCCGACUUCAGAACGACGAAGAGUUGGUGCAAGCCGAAGACAAGUACCUUCCCAAGAAAUAGUAUUGACAAAUAACGUUAUGUGACACCCGUAACAAUGUUUCUACUUUCGCAGCCUCUCAUACUGAGCUUGAGCUAACUAUUACUUCAAUACUAAUUGAAUUCACUGCAUUACACUGUCCCCUCAAACCACGUAACCUAACAUACCAUACCAAAUUCACUAAAAACCAGUCAACAGUAAAGUAGCUUGCUAGAUCAAACACAAUUUGGCAUUCACAGUCAUUAUAGAUCGUCGUCGUCGUCUGCUGGUAGA